CUCUAAGCGUCAUUGGAGAAUGUAAUGGGACCCACCUGAAAGAAGCUCGAACGCCGGCCGCCAUGGCCGCAUGCAUCUCGUCCUCUGCUUCUUUGCUUCUUCUUCUUGUUUCUUCCUCCAUUUGAUCCUUUAUAUCCUCCCCCCUCUUCCUUGUUCGAAAUGCCAGUGGAAGAAAGUUUACGAGUUCAUCGGUGUGAUCGAGACCAGGCGCGCUGGGUUUCCCUUGCUGGAGUUCUGAAAUUCCUGAUCCGGGAUGGAGGGGGACUGGAGAGCGAACUCAGACUGUGCCAAUGCUUCGAAUCCCUUCCACGCCUGCUCGGAGUAUUGCAAGAAACGAGCUCCAGGACCGAAGCCCCGAAGCAUUCUGCCCUUAUUAGUCUGCGCAGCUCAAAUUGGGGAACCACAUGAGGAGAAUCGAGUGCUAGUUGCUUCGCACAGGAACGUAGAUCCUUCCUGCCGAAACGCCUCCAAUCCAUACCAUCACUGUUCUGACUACUGCUGGACAAGAACCUCUAGGGAGAAAGAACAGAGGGAAGAGAAUCGAGCAGUUAUUACUGAGAGGAAGGAGGACAAGAAGGCAGAGAAAGUAGAAAUGGAGAUCAUCAACCCCAAGUGUGCAAAUGCAUUAAAUCCAUACCACAAAUGUGCUGACUACUGCUUCAACAAGUAAAACAGUUUUUGUACCUCAGUUCGAUGGACAAACAUGUCACAUUGUCUGUGGUUUCCCUGUUUCUGCACUGCAUCCUUUUAGCUUUUAUUGACUGUUUACAGCCCUUAUUUUUCAUUGCCAUCCAAUGUGCUUUCUGUAAAAGAGAACAGUCAACUGAAUCUCUUGACUCUUUCAUGUAUUAUCAAUCUAUUGAAGCUUGAACUCC